AAAGGAUCAAAUCAAAAGCGCCGUAUUCGCUCCGCGGCCGUUACUUCACUAUCCCUGUCGGCCACAGUAGCCAGCGGUUCUUGUUUGCUGUUGUGUAUUCAUUUGUUCUGGGUUUAUGUUAUAUAAUAGGCCAGGCUAUUAGAGACUUACAAACGGAACGGCCGCCCAUAAUGUGCAAUGACCCGGUGCUUCUAUCCGGUAACUCAUGUAGCCUGAGCGAGCAACACUGGGGCGGUGGAACUUCAGCAAAACAGAAACAACUGAGCAACACAGCAACGAUGAAUUCGUCUCAUGGACCCUAACCCGACGACAGGCUCGACUUGGCGGAAACUUGUCCAAGGGCUGCAGCCUCUUUAGACGUAAACACACAGCCAGACACAGAGGGACCCAGCUCUGUGGAUAAGAAAACAACAUGGCCUCCAACACACUGCCCAGCAGUCUCCCUGCUGCCCCGAUGGACAGGAGCGGGAGCUUCUUCAAGCUGAUUGACACGUUUGCGCUGGAGAUUGGAGAGCUGAAGCAGGAGAUGGUCCAGACCUCUUCAGCGGUGGACAGGGAACCCAUGGUCCUACAAGGGCUGGAGGGGGAGGUAAGUGGAGUGUACCUGCAGUCCCCCCACUGCGGCGGGGCGGGGGGUGAAAGGGAUUCCGGCUAUGACUCCCUGCGGAGGAGGAUGAGCGUGCUGGACAGGCUGACCCAAACCCACCCAGUGUGGCUGCUGCUGGCCGUCAGUGAAGAGGAGGCCAGGCGCAUUUUGCUCAAACAGCCACCAGGGGUUUUUCUGGUCAGGAGGUCGGCGACUCUGCAGAGAAAAGUCCUUUCUGUUCGUCUGAAUGAGGAGGGACUCGGACCUCCCAUCAGCCACUUCUCUGUCAGAGAGAGCCAAUACACUUUUUCUCUUGAGGGAUCUGGAAUCAGCUUUGCAGAUCUGUUUCGCCUGGUGGCUUUCUACUGCAUUAGCAGGGAUGUCCUGCCUUUCACUCUCAAACUCCCAGAGGCCAUUGCAUCAGCCAAGACUCAGAAAGAGCUGGAGGAGGUGGCUCAGCUUGGAGCAGGCUUCUGGGACUCUGCCCUGGGCAGCCAGUGUCGCCCUUCUCCCCUUCCCUCUCGUCCCCUGAGCCGGACCCUCAGCCCCCAGCGCACUGACAGGAACAGGGGGGCAGAGGGGGCGCAGCAGAGAGUCCAGCGCAGACAGACAGGGACUCACUACGACAGUGCUCCUCCAACACUACGGGGCCGCACUCCACCAUCUUCCUACCAUUCCACUGGGCCUCUGUGCUUCGUCAACCCCCUUUUUCUUCAAACCCACCACCGCCGUUGUGAGGAAGACUCACCUGUGGAUUCCUCAGCAUCAUAUGCUGCAAAGUCAGACAACAGCCCAGGGAAUGUGAGCAAAUCAUCUGUGGCGCCGUUGAGCAAGAGCCUGGGUAGUGAUCAACACACAGACAAGAUCAAGGUGAACGGCAAGUCACGGCCCCCUCCCCCUCGCCCCCCUCCCCCUCGCUCAAUGCCACGCCGGCGCCCUGCUCCUCCUCCACCUGUGCCACCAGCACCUACCCCCAAACCCAAGAGCAUGCCAGAGACUGCUGCUGUGGCUACCAGGCAACACCAGUCCCCCACCAGGCGCCCAGCACCAUCACGGCCACCAAUGGGUGCCAAGAACAGCAGCCCGUCCAAAAAGACCAGUGCACCAAUCCCUGUCCCCUCUGUCCCACCGCCUCCUAGACCUAAAAAGCCUGACUUGGAAGCCCAUCGCUGCCACAUUGCCCUGGAUGAUGAGACCAUCGCCAAAGCCCUGUCCCGUGCCAAGCUUCCCCCCUGCCAGCCACCACCUUCUGUGCCUGACAAUUUACUACUGGAGAAUGGCGCUGGCAGCCCGCCGAGCCUGACGGGAAAGACCCCCAUGCGUGAUGGGGGACGCCAGCGGCUCAGCGACAUGAGCAUGUCUACUUCAUCCUCCGACUCUCUGGACUACUCACAGUCUCCUGGCUUCUCCCUGAGCCUGGCCUCUAGCCCGUGCCGACACCACCGCAGCCAUCAGGACACAGCUGAGGACAGCAGUGAGGAGGAUGAGGACGAGGAGGAAGAGGAGGAGGAAGACUAUGGGGUUAGCCUGGAAACUGACUUGGACAUGGGGCUCCGUCCGCCCUUCAAAGCCCGGAGGCGCAGGGUUGUAGUGGGGCUAAGCGGGGGCUCCUUCAUCCUGCCCAGGGCCCUGAAAGGACACUUCCGCAAGGUGAGCGGGGUGUUCAGCUCCCUCAUGACUCCAGAGAGACGGGCUGUGAAGAGGAUCGCAGAGCUGUCCAGGGAUAAAAGCUCAUAUUUUGGCUGUCUGGUGCAGGACUACAUCAGUUUUGUUCAGGAGAACCGAGGCUGUCACACCUCAGGGAUGGAUUUUCUGCAGACGCUGAGGCAGUUCAUGACCCAGAUGAAGGCCUACCUGCGCCAGAGUUCUGAGCUUGAUCCCCCCAUAGAGUCACUCAUACCGGAGGACCAAAUUGAUCAAGUGCUGGAGAAGGCCAUGCACAAGUGCGUGCUGAAGCCUCUGAAGAGAGUGGUGGAGGUAGUGUUACAUGACUUCCAGGUGAGCAGUGGAGCUUGGCAGCAGCUGAAGGAGAACUUGGCCCUGGCUAAGAUCAAGAGGCCCCAAGAACUGGGGGUGGAUGGGGCCGUGCCCCCUGACCCGAUGGCCAUCGAGAAGAUCCGGCACAAGUUCCAAAACAUGAGGAAAAUGUAUUCCCCUGAGAAAAAGGUGUCACUUUUACUGCGUGUGUGUAAACUCAUCUACACCAUCAUGCAGGACAACUCAGGGAGGAUGUAUGGUGCUGAUGACUUCCUGCCUAUGCUGACCUAUGUGGUGGCCCAGUGCGACAUGCCUCAGCUGGACACAGAGAUCCAGUACAUGAUGGAGCUGCUCGACCCCUCUCUGCUUCACGGUGAAGGGGGCUACUACCUGACCAGUGCCUACGGAGCCAUGGCCCUUAUCAAGAACUUCCAGGAGGAGCAAGCAGCCAGGGUGCUUAGCUCCGAGGCUAAGAACACUCUACACCAGUGGCACCGCCGGCGCACUGCCCAGCGCACAGCGCCAUCUGUGGACGACUUUCAGAAUUAUCUACGUGUAGCCCUGCAGGAAGUGGACACAGGUUGCACAGCCAAAACCCUGCUCGUUCACCCUUACUCCACCACAGAGGAGGUCUGCUCAGUCUGUGCUUUCAAAUUCAAAGUCCCUGACCCUGAGAAUUAUGCACUAUUUCUGUUUACUGAGGACACUAGUCAGCAGCUCGCCCCAGACACGCAUCCUCAACGAAUCAAAGCUGAGCUUCACAGCCGGCCGCAUGCACAGACCUUUCACUUUGUGUACAGGAGGGUGCCUAACCUUAACCUCUGCAUCCCUGCCAUGCUGCAUAAUGGAAACUGUCCUUCAAGCUAAAUAGUGUGAGAGAAAGAAGAUGUAACAGCAUUGUACUGUAUUUGAUGCUAAACAAUAGUUAUGUCUCAUAAUAUACAUUUUUCACCAAUUUGUGCUUAAAGAUGUAUGUUUUUUUAGCAAGAUUUGAAAAGGCUUUGAUAGAAAUUCAAAGCAUCCAAGGCAAGGAAAACCAAGAUAUACUGUGUAGCUGCAUAUUGAUACAGAUUUAGAAUUUGCUUUUGAUUAAUUUGGAUCCCAUGCAAUUAGAAAGGAGAUUUUUUUUUUUAGUGGUAGAAAGUACUUGGGAAAGUGCUAGUGUUUUAUACAAACACCUCAAGAAUGCAGAAGUGUGAAAAUGUAGUUCAGACCUGGGUCAAAUACUGGUAAAUUAUGGUCACACUUUGUACAAAUUUGUUCUAAAUUUACUUCCAGGUGUUUGGUGUCUACUGCACCAGAACAUUUCAUGUAGUAUCACCUAUGUUGUCAAGUACGUUAUGAAGCGUUCAGCCCAUUCAGCCAUUAAUAGAAGCCUCUGUGAGCAAAUGUUAUUUGGCCCAGGUCUGGUUGGUCUGAGUGGUCAGUGGAAAUUGUCAGAUCAUGUAUAGAUUCUUAUGCGCAGGAUUUUUAGAAUGUGAAGUGGGUUAUAUGGAGGGGGAAGGUUCUUCAGCAUGUUGGACAUUUGUAUCAUCCUCACAGGCGAGGUCAAAUUUUGCAUUGUAUGUAACUAACUGUUGCCUUAACUGCUGUUAUCUAAGUGCCUUGAAAAGGACGUGAACAUACUGUACUAUACCUGUAGGCUCUCAGUUAUCAGCCUCUCAUGUGCAAAGUCAGCUCCCUUAAUUUCAUCAAAAUGCCCCUGAUGAAAAAUGUCAUACUAAAACAUUAAUUUAAUAAUGAUCAAUAGGAAUGAUUGUAAUAGAUAGGAUUGUUUUGUAUUGCUCUUAUUUUUUCCUGCAAUUGCUGGUCAAUUGCAGACUGUAUUUUUGUGUAGAAAUAUUUAUAUCUUCAAAUAUUUUUUUUCAUCCCCAGAAAUGUCAAAAACAACUAUUUGUACUCUGAAUUAAUAUUUGUGAUACUGGACUUGGACCGUGCCAGUCAUUUCAAAGAGUUGUUUCAAAACACUGUUUCUAUGAGCAGCUUAAGGCUGACAGUGAAAAGAUAUUAAAUUGUGUAAAAAAAAAAUAACCUGUCUAAAGAAGGCCACUGGCUGACUCUUGACAAAAUAUAUUGUCUUUUGGAACUUGUAAAAAUGUUGUGAAGCAAUCACUAAAAAUAUGAGAAAAGACACAUACCGCCCAAUCUUUCUUUUUCUUUGUGUACUCGUGUUUCAGCUGUGCAGCUCAUCUUUUGACACUUA